ACGGUUUACCGGAAACACCUCAGCACACCGUAGGAUGGUUCAUAUCGCGGAUGAACCAUCAAUACAGAAUGUGUUGAAGCGUGAUAGUUUCCUUCGUGAGGUUCUUGUGUGGAGGGCUGGGAAUGGACCAUAAGGAGGUGCUGUCUCUCCUCCUCUUAGCGGCGGUGUGGCUGCCCCCCUGCGGCGGGACCCCGGAGCGGGACGGAGGGGGCUGGGCAUCGGGGUCAGAGGUCGGGCUGCAGGACGAGGGGCCGUGCUCCAUCGACGUGCUCGACGCCGCGUCCCUGACGCACCGCCAGUUCAUCGAGCGUUACGCCUACACACGGCCGGUCAUCCUCACCGGGAUCACGGACAACACGAAGUUCAGGUUAUUGUGUUCCAAGACCAAUCUCCUGGGGUCGUUUGGAGAUCGGAGCAUAAGGCUGAGUACGGCCAACACGCACUCUUACAAGAAAGUGGACGUGCCGUUCCGGGAGUACGUUGACGUCCUGCUGAAGCCUCAGUCCGCCGACGCCCUGGGCAGCGACACUCUGUAUUUCUUCGGAGACAACAACUUCACGGAGUGGAGUCCCCUGUUUGACCAGUACCAGCCCCCCCCCUACGGGCUCCCCGGGACCACGGCCGCCUACAGCUUCGGGGUCGCAGGACCUGGUUCCGGCGUUCCAUUCCACUGGCACGGGCCUGGCUUCUCAGAGGUCCUCUACGGGAGAAAGCGCUGGUUCCUGUACCCCCCGGACCAGGAGCCCCACUUCCACCCCAACCGGACCACCCUCUCCUGGCUGCAGGAGACCUACCCCAUCCUGCCCCCGGAGGAGGCACCCCUGGAGUGCACCAUCCGCCCCGGAGAGGUUCUGUUCUUCCCCGACCGCUGGUGGCACGCCACCCUCAACCUGGACACCAGUGUCUUCAUGUCCACGUUCCUGGGGUGACUCCCAGCGCUGCAGAACCAGUGUGAACCCGCUGCUCAGGAGAACAAGACGUCUUCCCACAAGUUGUUUUCUGGGACCGACCAAAGACAAGACACUGACUGGAACCUUAAAGACAUUCCACCAGAGCAGAACCAUCCCGUCUGUGGUUCUGCUGCUGUUCUGGACCAAUAAAGACAAACCUCUUGUGACCAAAUGAUCUAAUGAACCAACUGUUCCAUGCUCCUGAACUGUGAGGAGACUCAGUGAGUGCAGCUGGGUUCAUCUCCCAGGAGGCACUGACUCAUACUGGUGAUUCAGGGUUCAUGGUUCUAGCAGAAGUACGGCUGAUGUUGUAAUGUGAUGAUACACGGGUACUAUGUCUGUGAAGGGUUCAAAUCAAUUAAAUCCAUCCUUCCACA